AUGUCUAAUCAUAAUGAAUCCAUUAGUGUGGUUGUUAGAGAGUUCCAAGUUAACAAAGACACAGAAAGAGUAGUAACACUUGAAAACACAUGUGAAGUUGGUCCCACUAACAAACUUUCUCUCUUCACCGACAUGCUAGGUGACCCCAUUUGCAGACUCCGUAACUCACCUUCCUUCCUCAUGCUGGUUGCUGAAAUUGGUGAAGAGAUAGUUGGAAUGAUAAGAGGAUGCAUCAAAACAGUCACAUGCGGUAAAAGCCUCUCAAGAUCAAAAACAUCUCUCACUAAACAAAUCCCAGUUUACACCAAACUCGCUUACAUAUUAGGCCUUCGAGUUUCUCCUAAUCAACGGAGAAUGGGAAUAGGGUUGAAGCUGGUAAAGAAAAUGGAAGCGUGGUUUAAAGAUAACGGCGCUGAAUAUUCAUACAUGGCAACGGAAAGUGAAAAUUUAGCGUCCGUUAAACUCUUCACAGAGAAAUGCGGUUAUUCAAAGUUCCGUACGCCGUCAAUCCUCGUUAACCCCGUUUACGCUCACAGAAUUAAAAUUUCACGAAAAGUUACUAUCAUUCCGUUAACUCCUUCACACGCCGUUAUUCUCUAUCGUAACCGUUUUUCCACCACCGAGUUUUUCCCUCGCGACAUUGACUCAGUUGUUUAUAAUAAACUCAGUCUCGGUACUUUUCUUGCCGUACCUUGUGGGUCCUACAGUGUUGAAAACUGGCCGGGCCCAGUAAGGUUUCUUUUGGGCCCACCUUGUUCUUGGGCCGUUUUAAGUGUUUGGAAUUCGAAGGAGGUUUUUAAGCUCGAGGUACGUGGCGCGUCGCGUGUGAAACGGGUUUUUGCUAAGACAACGCGGGUUUUGGAUCGGGCUUUUCCGUGGUUGAAGGUGCCUUCAGUUCCGGAUUUGUUUAGGCCGUUUGGGUUUCAUUUUUUGUAUGGGCUUGGUGGGGAAGGCCCAAAGGUGGGUAAGAUGGUUCGGGCUUUAUGUGGGUUUGCACAUAAUAUUGCUAUGGAAUGUGGGUGUGGGGUUGUGGCUACUGAGGUUGCUUCGUGUGAACCAUUUAGGUUUGGAAUACCUCACUGGAAAAUGCUAUCUUGCGCAGAGGAUUUAUGGUGCAUUAAAAGACUCGUGGAGGAUUAUAGUAAUGAUUUUAUUGGGGAUUGGACUAAAUCCGUGCCCGGAAUUUCCAUUUUCGUGGACCCUAGAGAUGUUUAA